AUGAGAGAGAAGCUAAAAGUGGCUAAGAGAACCGGAAGGCGGGCAGAACCAGAAACGACUAGGAUAGAGCAGUUUCUCACUGCGGUCGAGGCCGGGAGAAACAUCUCAUUUCCCACAAGUACAAAGACACCAAGAAUCCCGAAGUGGGUGCACUCUCGCUACUGCUAUCAUCAGAUAUCCGCCAUGGCCUCUCCGGUCGUCAGGGUCCUGGGCCAUUUAGCUGUUUUAUGCAGUGUCCUACAUCAUGUUUCAGGAGAGCAACACGCAGAUCAGCUUGCGGAAAGGGAGACUUCUCUCCAACCGCGCGGUUUUCUGGGGUCUUGCGUUGAUUGGGGUACUCUCAUGAACGAAAAGUAUAAGAUGGCCGCGUUUUGCAGGACCACAACAGGCGGUUGGACCUGGUCGGUACUUGACUUGAACCAUUGUAUGGUGAACCACGACGGUUCUUUGAUGGCGCAAGACGAGUAA